AUGGUCAUACUUUCUGUCCUAUAUUUAUCGCUUUCAACGCUCGCUCUCGCACAGAACAAUACAUCCGACGUUGAGCGGGUAGGUUGGGCGUCGUCACCGGAUACGAGGAGCACCUCCGAGAUUCUCUUCGGUUGUUUCAGCAUCUUUCUGGUGUGCUCGUGGAAAUGCGUUCAUCUCAACCUGCCAUCAGUGGAGGAAAGUGAAGCAGGCUGGCACACAACCUUAGCCGGAUGGUUACCGUACUGGCCGACCAAGCCGGCUAGAAGACUCAUCUUUCGAAAAGUGAAGUGGAUGCUCGCCAUCGCUCUGGCUCCUGAGGUCGGCGUUGCGCUCGCUGCACGCGAGUUUCUCAGAGCACGCAAGUUGCAGCGGUUCAUCAAUCUCCCGACCUUUACUCUGAGUCAUGGCUUCUUCGCGUACAUGGGAGGCUUCGUGAUAGCAAUUCCUGACGCCGCAGGACAGUCGCUGGCGAACAGGGCAAAGCCCAGUAUGAAGAACUAUUAUCUGUCCGCCAGAGGGCUCGAGGCGUUGUUGAAACUUGGGAUCUUCGAGCCAUCGAACGGGUGGUUUCCGACAGUCACCGAGGCAGAUAUCCAAGACAGGUCAAAAUCGGACCCCUUUACCAAGGCCUUCGCGGUCGUACAGUGCGGCUGGUUGGUCAUUCAGAGUAUCGCCCGCGCAGCUCAGAGUCUUCCACUCACCGAAUUGGAACUCGCGACACUUGCGUUUAUUCCCUGCGCAUUCGUCAUGUAUGCGUUUUGGUGGUACAAGCCUUUUGAUGCUCAACGACCUAUUACCCUCGUCUGUUUGAACAACCAUCAAGCCUACCAGGCGCGGUUAAUGAUUCAUUGCAGGGAGAAGGACGCAGAGUGUUACGCCGGCAUGGGCCUCGAGUGGGGGGACGUGGGCGACAGCGACGCAACCGAUAUAAUGCUCCAUCGUCAACAAGAGCAGUCCCGCUUCACUGAACUGGACUACGACUUGGCUCGUGAGAUCCUGGUACCGGGCUGGGAAUACGGCGGUGCAAGAGAGAAGCAGGACGAUCCGGUGGUGGUCAUUUUCUAUAUCGCUGCUGCAACCUUCUCCGCCAUUCAUACUGUUGCAUGGACGUGGGAAUUUUCAUCCGACACCAGCAGGACGCUGUGGAGAGUCUUUAGCUUGAUGGCGGUCUGCUCGCUGUUGUUGAACGCAUUCUCCUGGGCUCUGGGUGCAGCAGGUGAAGAAUGUGCCGAUUGUGCGGACUGGGGGUGCAAUUGCUGUGGCCACGAUGUCUCUUCUUGGAACACCCCCUUCCUUACCAUGGUCGGGGUGAUUGCGUAUGGAGUCGCUCGCGUGGGCCUGAUUGCGCUGACAUUUUCCUGCUUUUCGUCGAUGCCGGCGGAUGUAUAUAAAGCGGUGGACUGGAGGAUCCCCCAUUUCUCGUGA